CUGGCUGGUGUUUGUCGAGCCUGCGCAUAAACUAGUGCGCAUCAUUUUAAACGGGAGCUUCGAUCUGCCAUAUUGGGUUCUUUCUCAAACUAUUGCUUUACGUCCUCGUCUCUUACACAACGCCCUCACACGUAUGAUCGAGAUAUCGUGAUUCGUAAACGCUGAUUGAUGGUUUCACAAUGACGACCAACGUGACCACGAUAAAACUUGAAGAUGGCCAGGAGUCGGUCACUGAAAUACAGACUUACUUGGAAACUUUUAAUAAGGAAAUUGAAGGUGGACAAGGAGAACAGUUGCAACAUGUUCAACUUCAACAAGUUGAAGGUCUGUCGGCUGGAGAUGACGGCGGCACUUAUUUCGUUGACCAAACCGGACAAUACUAUUACCAGGCGAGUAGCGACGAGGCUCCAGUGAUGACCCAGGUACAGAUUCAGGAAGUUGAGGAAGUUGAUCAGAACGAUGGCGAAGCUCAAGAGGAACAGUACCACGAGGUCGAAGAGCUUGAGAACAUUGAGUCCGAGGACAACGAGGCCCAAGUGAACAGCGGCGGCGAAAAUGUCGUGUUGAAUUCAAAUGACGCAUAUCAAACGGUGACAAUAGUACCGUCGGAUACGAAUCCUGGGGAAGUUAGCUAUGUAUUAAUUGUACAGCAACCGGAGAAUGAGGACAAAGAACGUGGAGAGGGCGCCGAAGGCGAGGAAGGAGAGCAGGAUCUCACGGUAUUCGAUUUUGAGGAUAAUGAAGAGAAUGAUGCGGGUACCGAGUAUGAGGCUGACGAUGAUAAAACUAAAAUAAUGAAAUAUUUACCGAAAAAAUCACAGACUGUAACGCAAGCGCAUAUGUGUAAUUAUUGUAAUUACACGAGUCCGAAACGUUAUUUAUUGUCGCGGCAUAUGAAGUCGCAUUCAGAAGAACGUCCUCAUAAAUGUAGUGUCUGUGAGAGGGGAUUUAAAACACUUGCGUCAUUACAGAAUCACGUCAAUACUCACACUGGUACUAAACCACAUCAUUGUAAAUUUUGCGAGAGUGCAUUUACCACAUCGGGUGAGCUCGUAAGGCACGUACGGUAUCGUCAUACUCAUGAGAAACCGCAUAAAUGUCACGAGUGUGAUUAUGCAUCUGUUGAAUUGUCGAAAUUAAAACGACAUAUAAGAUGUCACACUGGCGAACGUCCUUAUCAGUGUCCACAUUGCACAUACGCAAGUCCCGAUACAUUCAAACUUAAACGUCAUUUGCGUAUUCAUACUGGUGAAAAACCAUAUGAAUGUGAUAUAUGCCAAGCAAGAUUUACUCAAUCCAACAGUUUGAAAGCUCAUAAACUUGUUCACAAUGUUGGAGAUAAACCAGUUUUUCAAUGUGAACUCUGUCCAACGACUUGCGGGCGUAAAACAGACCUAAGAAUUCACGUACAAAAGCUCCACACAUCCGACAAACCGCUUAAGUGUAAAAGAUGUGGAAAAACAUUCCCCGACAGAUAUAGUUACAAACUUCACAGCAAAACCCACGAAGGAGAAAAAUGUUACAAGUGUGACCUCUGUCCGUAUGCAUCAAUAUCAGCUCGGCAUCUUGAAAGUCAUAUGCUGAUCCAUACCGACCAGAAACCGUAUCAAUGUGAUCACUGCUAUCAGUCAUUCAGACAAAAGCAGCUGCUGAAACGACACUGCAAUCUUUAUCACAACCCAUCGUACGUCCCACCACCGCCGCAGGAGAAAACUCACCAGUGUCCAGAGUGCGAGCGAGCAUUCAGGCAUAAGGGAAAUCUUAUUCGCCAUAUGGCUGUUCAUGAUCCAGAGUCAUCGUUGCAAGAGAAACAGCAGGCAUUGAAAAUGGGCAGGCAGAAGAAGAUACAGAUCAUCGAUGGUCAAAGAGUUGAAGUAAUGACUGGUGAUUUAGCUUCUAAAUUUAAAGGUUACGACGAUGACGAAGAAGAAGAAGAGGAAGAAGAAGAAGAAGAAAUGAUGGCUGUUGAAGGCAGUGAUGGACAACAGUAUGUCGUUCUUGAAGUUAUUCAAUUGCCAGAAAAUCACGGAACUGACCAGAUGGCUGUAGUAGCUAAUGAAGAUGGUGAUUUAAUGAUGCAGGACCCAUUAAGUCAAGAAGCUACAAUAGUAUCAGCUUCCGGUGAACAAGAACACGAAGAAAUAGAAGAAAUAGAUGAUUCGAUAUCACCACAAAAAAAUUCAAAUUCAAAACAACAAAAUGAUUCAAAAUUACGCAAAGAAAUGGAAAAUUGCUUUGGCUUUGAUGAGGAGGAAGAAGGUGAAGAAGAAGAAGAAGAAGUUGAUGGGGACAGUGAAAUGCGACUGCUUGAAACUAUUUCGUAAUAAUUAUCUGCCAUACAAUGGCGUAAUGUACCUAUUUAGUAGUUAAAUGUAUUUUUUUUUUUUUAUAUAUAUUUUCUUUCCUUACUUUUUUUAUCCUCACAUUGAA